AUGAGACCGGCCCCUCGAAGGGCAACCACAGACUGGUGGGACAUUCUUUACCCUGAUACUGCAUCAUUUUGUACUUCUCUCCUUUCAUCGAUCACCCUCAUUUCGAUCACUCCUUCUGACACUCCCAAGUUUAAUCCCGACUUCCACGCUCUACAACCUCAGUCCUACGAAUACACUAUCGCACUAAAGGACUACAGGACCGUUGAUUCGCUUCAACGAUUGUUUUUAUUGUACCUCUCAUGUCGAGUCAUCGCUUCUUUGUACUUAUACACAUACCCAAAUCACCAAACUUUCGACAGCUCUGAUACUCGUAACAAAAGGGGAAUAGUCUGA